UCACGAAUUUCCUUUACCGCUUUUUUGUUUUCCCCUUCCUGUAAUUGCAGUUGGAAAUGGAGGGAGUGCCGUCGAGCACAGCGGCGUAUAUGGGCUGGGACGAGGUGAAUGUUUCAAGCGAUAAAGGAAGGAGAGAGGUUCAUUACUAUUUGAAGAGAAGAGAUGGGGUUUCAGAUCUGGCUGUGGUUGGGAAAGAGAAAAGCUUGAGGCACAUGUCUUAUCAUUUCUCUAUUAAGAACCGCUCUCUUUUCUUCACUUCGAUGCCGUUUUACAAGCUCAAGUCUCGCAGGGAGGUUGUAUAUUGGCUUAAUUCUGUCGUUUCAGAUACGUCUUCUCGUGAGCCGUACUGUUCAGUUGAUGGCAUUUGGAAUGGGAAAGAUGUGAAAAACAUGGAUUUUGGAGCCCUCAAGGAUCUUCAGUCAUGGAAGCUGGGCCAGUACACUAAAGAAUUUUUAUGGUUAGGUUCUUCAUGGAUAUGUAGGAAAAAAAGAAAACACUAUCAGUCUUACCUUAGGAAUGGUGUAAAAAUUUCGAUUCAUGACUUUGUUUAUGUCUUAGCUGAGGAGGAUAAACGACUUGUUGCAUAUUUGGAAGAUUUAUAUGAGGACUCUAGAGGCAAUAAGAUGGUUGUCGUACGAUGGUUUCACAAAAUUGAUGAGGUUGGUAUUGUUUUGCCACACAAUUAUAAUUACAAAGAGAUUUUCUUUUCUCUUUGUCUUCAAGAUCUUAGUAUUGAAUGCAUAGAUGGAUUGGCUACUGUCCUUAGUCAUAUGCAUUUCAAGAAAUUCCUGAAAGAAGCAAAACAUACUCGGAUGGAGCCAUUUGUAUGCUGCAAGCAGUUUGAAAAUGAUGAUCUCAAGCCUUUUGACAUUACUCAAGUUAAGGGUUAUUGGAAACAAGAUAUGCUUAGAUAUAUGUAUAGUCUUUCUCCUUCAAAUAAUUGCGCGAGUCAUCAGCAACAUGCUGAUCAUAAGGAAACAGAUUGGGACACUGAUGAUGGUUUUGGGAUAAGACCUAGAAAGAGAUAUUGUCUGUCAAAGGAUGAUGAUGUUUACAUGCAUUUCAGUGGCAGUCGAGAGUCUGUAGAUGCAUUAGGUGCAAAUCUUCAAGAUUUUCAGAACAGAAAAAAUGGAACUGAAAGUUUCAAUGGAGAUAGGUCUUCAUUCCUGUCUGCUGAUGACACUAAGCACUAUGUUUCUCAGCAUUUAAAAUUAGGCUCCCAGGUUGAGAUAUUAGCUCAAGAUAGUGGUAUUAGAGGGUGUUGGUUUAGAGCUCAUGUAAUCAAGAAGCACAGGGAUAAGAUGAAGGUGCAAUACCAUGAUAUUGAGGAUGCAGCUGAUGAAUCUAACAAAUUAGAGGAAUGGAUUUUGGCAUCGAGGGUUGCUGUUCCUGAUCCAGUGGGAAUCCGUAUUUGUGGAAGGACAACUGUUCGACCAUCCUCAGAAUACCAAAGAUGUAAUGCUUCAUGUAUUGGUGUUGGGUCUGUUGUUGAUGCGUGGUGGCAUGAUGGGUGGUGGGAGGGCAUUGUCAUUAAGAAGGAUUCAGAAGAUAAAUUUCAUGUUUAUUUCCCAGAAGAAAAGCUGGAAUCAGUGUUUGGCAGUGGGGAUGUAAGGCAAUCUCGGGAAUGGAUUGGAAAUCGUUGGAUAAAUAUUAAGGAGAGGCAUGAUCUUGUGAAUUCCAUAUUUAGGGGCCGGAAGCAAGUUGAAGGAAAAUCUUAUGAUUGCAAUGUGGAAGACACCACCAUUUGUGACGGUGUACAGUACGGUGCUGAUGGCACAGAUUGUAAUGAUUCUCCUGUAGAACCAGGAAGUGUUGGGGCAAAAGAUGUGGUAGUUGUUGUACCAGAUCUUUCAAAGGAUGAUUUGCUUUCCCGGUUGAAGUGGAAGUCAUCAAGGAAGAGAAGGAAUACGACCUGUGUACAGAAGCUGAAUUACAGUAGAAAUGUCAUAAAAGCCACCUCAGGAUUGGUUACUUGUGAGAGAUUUAUAAACCCUUCGUCAAUAAACGUUGAUAAUGAUAACUGCAAGUACAUGGGUGAUCCAUUAUUCAGUUCUUCAGUAGUGCCGCCUCUAGCAAGCUUGGUUAUGACUAGGUGAUCGACCCAUUCUCAGUGGAGAUUUUGGAGUUGGUUUUUUUUUUUUUUUCCCUCAUUGGAUUUUAUUUUCCUUCAUGUACAUAGUGCACCUCCCGUACGCAAUGUUUUGUUGGAAAUGUUCUUUUGAGAAGUCAAUGGCAUCUAUCUUUGCGUCUUGCAAAGUCCGAUCCACGUUUAGGCUAUUUUUAGAUUGUUGCUUGAAGAUUCUGAUUUUAUGUAGUCUGUAUAUCAUUGUAGGGUAAAAAGAGAUAUAUAUAUAUAUAUAUAUAUGUACACGUUUAUUUUGUUGCAUGUUUCAA